AAAAAAAGUAUAAAUAUUAAUAAUUGGGAAGUAGAGAAGAGCAAUGGUGAGAGAUGCAUGUGGCAGCAACGAUACCCAGCUAUCAUCAUCACCGCAUCUACGUUUCAGUCUUGGCCAUAGCUAAGUUGAAAAUAACGACGAUGGCGAGUAGCAGCAGUAGAAAUUCUUCAGGGGAAUUCACGACAAUCAAAGAGAGAAUCAGUUUCGAGAAAGACAUCAAGAAAAGCAAGUUCAUCGCCAUUGCUGGCUCCGUCUCUGACGACAAAUCCGCCAUGUCUUUCCUUUCUCAGGUCCGGGAUCCAAAGGCUACACACAAUUGCUGGGCUUAUAAGGUGGGGGAUCAAUAUCGGUCCAAUGAUGAUGGUGAACCUUCAGGUACGGCUGGGAAACCAAUAUAUUCUGCUAUUGCUACUUCAGGAAUAGAUAGAGUAAUGGUGGUUGUGAUCAGGUAUUUUGGUGGUAUCAAAUUAGGCACUGGAGGAUUGGUCAGGGCUUAUGGAGGAGUUGCAUCAGAAUGUCUGAAGAAUGCUCCGACUUGCCUUGUGAAAACAAAGGUACCAAUGGGUGUCGAAGUUCCAUUUGACUUACUUGGAGUGCUCUACCAUCAGCUGCAAUCUUUUAAUGUUGAAGACAUGAAGCAGGAUUACGAUACGGGUAAAGAUGACAUAUCCAUGGUUACUUUUAAAGUUGAUUUUGACAAAGUUGAAAACUUGGAGGAUACACUGAAAGCCAAUUGUAGCCGAGAAUUGAAGUUUUAUAAGCACUGAGGCUUUGAAUUAUAUUUUUCAUUUAAUAUUUUUUCUCAUGGUGGAUGCAACUUCAUUUGAAGAUGUGAUUAAGCACAUGCUGUCUCGUACAUAUUAAAGUUUUGCAUUAUGUGCUGCUAAUAGGACUAGUUUCCUGGUAUGAAACCUUGUUUACACAAUGGCUUUAGUAAUUAUUGUAAUUUAGCAACUUUGUUAAACUAUUUGUAAAUUCAGUAGAAACUUUUACAAGAGAAUAUAAUUGGGAUGAUGCUAAUUGUCAACCAUUCUUCUA